AAAAAAAAAAAAAAUGAAAAAGGAAAAAUCAACGCAGACUUUCAAGAUUGUUCUCGUUACUGAGAAUAACGAUAAGGUUUCUCUUCUACAAGCUUUCUCUCAUCCCUUUCAUUUUAUUGUCUUUCACUUUCCCACACACUCGCGACGCGAGUCUCUUUAACUCCAUUCAUACUCUUCCAAACCCAAGAAAUUAUCAAAUUGUUUACUUUUCUUUCAUAUACUCUUCUUCUACAAUCUAUGCUCCGUUUCUUCAACAAUUCCAAUGGCUGAUGCUUCUGCAACACCCCUACAUGUGAAACAAGACAAUGAAGAAGAAGAACAAGAUCAAGAAAAGUCCAAAACCCAGAAGCGAAUUUGCGAUUUCUGUGGAGAAUCUAAAGCUCUAUUGUACUGCAGAGCCGACUCUGCAAAGCUCUGUUUCUCUUGUGACCAACAAGUCCACUCCACCAAUCAGCUCUUCACAAAACACACUCGCUCUCUGCUCUGCGACUCAUGUGAUUCCACCCCUGCCUCCAUCCUCUGUUCCAGUGAGAACUUGGUUCUCUGCCAGAACUGUGAUUGGGAAAUACACAGUAAAUCUCUAUCCUCGAUUCACCAACGAAGGCCUCUGGAGGGCUUCCAUGGGUGUCCUUCUGUGAAUGAGCUGUUGAGUGUUCUUGGGUUUGAAGAUUCUAGCAAGAAAGAUCUGUUUUGUGAUGAUGAUUUGGUUGAUGGGUGUGGGGGUUUUGGGAAGGAGGGUUUGGGUGAUGAUGGGUUUUCAGAUUUGUUGGUUUGGGAAACUCCUUGUAUUGUGAGUAUUGAUGAUUUGAUUGUUUCUAAUAGCUCUCAACAUUGCUUUCAAGCUAUGGGGGUUCCUCCUCUUCCUAAGAAUCGCAAAGCUGCUUGUGGGAAAUACAAUGAAGAAAUACUUAGGCAGCUUCGCAAAAUGGCAAAAUCAGAAUCCAACUUUGAUGAUUAUGGUCAUGGGGAUGACAUUGAACCCCUCAUGCAGUUCCAAUCUCCGGUACCUGAACAAGACCUGCAGCCAGGAAAUAUGUAUGCUGGCUUUGAACACGGCACAGAUCUAAGCACAGUUCCUCAUUAUGAGGCUAGUGCAUUGUGGUGCAGCGAUAAUGUUGAGCUUGCAAAUCAAGGUCUUCGUCCCUCUAAGUUACAAGCAAGCUACAUUGAGGAAAGCUGUUUGGUUCCUGAGAAAGAUUCAGAUAUCGGUGGCAGUGCAAGUCAUGCUAAUUGUGGUCAUGAAGUGGAGUCGCAACAUCACGUUACUGAAGCUUUGCAUGUCCUUCCUAAAGUUACUAUACGGGAGUUAACAAGUCAGGAGCGUGACUUUGCAAUUUCACGGUAUAAGGAGAAGAAGAAAACUAGAAGGUACGAUAAGCACGUCCGAUAUGAAUCACGAAGGAUUCGAGCAGAAAAAAGGACAAGAAUCAAGGGACGUUUUGCAAAGAUCGAACACUGAAAUAUUAGUAUGGAGUAAUGACAUCAAUUAUAUAUACUUUUUUGUUUCUUGUGAAAGCAAAAAUAUAUAUUUUUCCAAGAAGGUUAAUUAAAUAAUUAUUUUCUGAGGCGGCGACAUCUUGGAAAAUACUUAGGUUUCAUGUUCAAGCAAAAUAGUAUGAAAUUAGGGAUUAUAUGUAGCAGUUUUAAUUUCGGCGAGACAAUCAAACGUGCCCUUAAUGUAUUAAUGACAUUGUCUAUGAAUGUUGAGUAUAUUAAAUUUCUAUGGGAAAAA